AUGGCUGGUAGUUUCACAGUUCAAGUUUAUACAUUAGGAUCGGAUUCAUGGAAAAGCAUUCAACUCAGCCCCAUUUCAUGUUCCAUUUUGUGGUCGACGCCUGGUUUGUUCUUUAACGGAGCUCUUCAUUGGUCAGCCUCUAAAAGCACUUCGGAAGAUAUAGUUGUUCCUUCUAUCUUUUACCCUUCUGGUAAAAAGAAAGAAGUAGUUAUAAUCUCUUUUGAUAUUAGCAAUUACAGAUUAGUUGAGGUGCCGGUAUCAGAAGAAAUUAGACCGCUGCCUAGUCAGAAUACCGUGGGAGUGUUAAAUGACUGCUUUUGCUUAGUUACAGUUGACGACUUUUGGGUCCCCACAGACAUAUGGGUAAUGCAGGAAUAUGGAGUGCGAGAAUCUUGGACUAAACGAUUCUCCAUUACUCGAUCUCGAUUAGAAAGUACCCAUCUUAUUUAUUUUAGGAAGUUGCCUUUUAAAAACGGGAUUUUGAUGUAUGAUGGCAUUAGAAUUGUCUUGCUUGACAAUUCAACAUAG